CAUUCGUUGCUGCGUACCACCUCCCAUCGCGUCAGUAGAGAAAGAGCCAGCAAAAAGCCUGGCUAUAUUGGAGCCAGUUGGCCGUUGGAAGUAAACAUUCUAUCAGCGACCGUGCUGCAGGCACAACGUCUCGUCAAGUCGCCCCAUCUUGUUUGAUUCUCGACAUUUGCCAGCCGAUUUGUUUGUUUCUUUUCGUGUGCAAUUUUCACAUUCGUCUGUUUACAUCGUUUCCCCGAAGAAAAGAAAACUAAAACAACAACAACAACAAAAACAAACCCAGUGACUUUGAACGAACUUUGUUCGAGUGAGCGCAGUGCGUUUUCUAUCCAUUUCCAAUGCGCCGCUGUUGUUACAACUGAAUCCAAUCGAUUAGAGAUCGGCAAUCUCUUCGAAUUUUGUUUUUUUUUAAACGAUCAAUCCAACCAAAAUGCCGCGCCCUUGUCGUGAGAGCUACGGCGAUCAGAAGCCGCCUUAUUCUUACAUCGCCCUGACGGCCAUGGCCAUCUUAUCGUCUUCGGAGCGGAUGCUGCCGCUGGCCGACAUCUAUCGCUACAUCAUGGAGCGAUUCCCGUACUACAGGAAGAACACUCAACGCUGGCAAAAUUCGUUGCGUCACAAUCUCUCCUUCAACGAUUGUUUCCUCAAAGUGCCACGACGUCCCGACCGGCCGGGCAAAGGGGCCUACUGGACGCUGCAUCCCAACGCCAUCAACAUGUUCGAAAACGGCUCGCUGUUGCGUCGCCGCAAGCGUUUCAAGUUGCACAAAGCCGACAAGGACCUGCUGGAAACCGAGCUGGCCGCUUUGUCCAGCAUGAAUCGAAUGAUGCAGCAACAAUCGGCCGCCGCUAAUGCCACAGCUGGACCACAUCAGCCAUCGUCGGCCAGCGACGGCAUCGGGGCCGACCCCUACAGGACCUUCUCCGUUGCCAGCGGCCGUCCAGCAGCAACAGCCUCAACACAACGCGUCUAAUCUACCAGCGCCAGCCACUCAGGCCCAGGUGGCAGCCGUCAUGUCGGCCUGCGGUCCCAUGACGGCCUAUCCGGCCAUCCCUUACGGCAUGGGUUUCGCCUACAAUCAAGCCGCCAUGGCAGCGGCCGUAGCGGCAGCAGCGGCGGCGGCCAAUCAUCCGACCCCGGCCAUGAUGGCCGCCGCGGCAGCGGCCGCUCAGCAGCGAGUGCACGGUUUCCACGGCCCCACGCCGUCGAUGGCCUCUCCACCUUCUUACGCGGCCUAUAAUCACGGCUGCGGCACCGGCGGCUUCGGCUCGCUUAUCCAACACCAGCAGCCGUCGCCUUCAGGUAAAUUCACCAGUCAAACGACGAGCCUCUGUUCGCCAGUCGGGGCCGAUUGCGUGUCGGCUGGAAAUGUGAAACCCAAGAGGUCGUUCACCAUCGCCAGCCUCAUCGCUGACGAUUCCGAUUCGUCUGACGACGAGCCGGAACCAGUGGCCAAACAAAAGAAGAAGAGCCAUCAAGUCAACAGUGACGUGUUACUCCUCGACGGAGAUUCGGCAGCGGAUUGCUCGUCGUCUUCGUCCUCGUCACCGUCCGACGAUGAAUCGGAAGUCGACAUCGAAGCUGAAGAUGCCGAAGAAGAGGUCGCACGAUCGGACGGCGACCACCCCGCUACUCCCAUCAGCUUCGACGUUAGCCAAAACAUGCCCGGCUGAUGGCCGGUUGGGAAGUCCACCUGAGCAGCAGCCAUCGCCUCACCUGUUGAUGCCAAUUCCAUCGUACAUGGCCUACGCCGGUAUGGCGCCGUCUGGCGCCUUCCCUUACGGGAUGGCCAGCAUGCAGCAACAACAACACCAACAGUUUCACGACAUGUACGCCGCUGCGGCCGCCGCUGCCUCGGCGGCUUUUUUAGGGCUGGCCCGGCACAGUAAUCGAGGCGACGCGUCCGCUAAAGAGGACUGCAGGCCGUCGUCGCUGUCGCCGGAUGUUUCGUCGAAAAGCCCUCAACCAGCGCCUCAACCAGUCACUCAACUGGCCGCCAUUCAGCCGAAUCCCUUUCUGACUGCGGCCGACUGCAGCCGGGACAAACUGCAGCCAAGCCCAGUGUCGCCGUCCGUUCAGCGGCCGCCGCCUUCGUCCCCGUUGAAUCAGCACGGGCCAGUGCCUCCACAUCUUCAUCACUACCAUCACCAUCACCAUCACGCCGGCGUUUUUUUAAGCCAAAGUCCCGACGCCGACUCGUCCAAAAGUAAAGACGGCGUCUUCCGUUUCAGUCCCAAUUUGAGAUCCAUUUGACUUCCGUAGCCGGGACGUUUGCAAAAGCCUAUAACAAUCAAGUCUAAUAUGAUGCCUGAUUUUGUAUUUUUAAGAAAACAAAACACACACAACAACAAAAAAAAAAAAAACUAUGAACAGAGAGAUAUAAUUGUAUAUGUAAAUUUUUGAAUGAAAAAGAGAGAGAGCGGGUAUUGGUGAUGAAAUGAGUUUUUUUUUUUUUUCAAAGGAUCUGUUCGGAAGAGAAACAUAAAAACACACACACAAAAAAAUUAAGCUUAACGCAAGCAACUCUGUUUAUUUCUCGAUAUUAUAACAUUAUGCUGAUUUCCAUAUGAUGACCGUUAUAUUUUUGUCAUUUUUCAUCUUGAUUUUUUGUUCAUUUUGCAAUAACCGGAAUGCCCUGGGCCGGUUACCUCAAAUUCUGCCUGUCAAAUCGUAAUUCGUACGUAUGUGUAUAUGUAGGCCUAUAAUAUGCUGUAAAAAUAGUAUCGAAAGAGCAAGAUCGAAAUGCAAAACAAAUAAAACAAAACAAAACAUAAACAA